CUUCAGCUCACUCCCCUCUGAUUGCGGGGCUGACGGUCACGACUCUGCUCCACACCUCCGGGCUUUACACAGAGGGGAGGAGGAUCGGGGAAAACACAGGAGCGGGCACACAACUGACCUACAGAGCCAUCGAUAACUUACCCCCCUCGCAUCAGAACAUAGGGGAGGGGAGGGAGGAAGGAGGGAGAGGAGAAAGAAGGGGAGGAGGAGGAGAAGGAAAAAAAAAGAAAAUCCAGAGAAUUCUAGUCUUGCAAAUGUAGUGAAACCAAGCGGUUGGAGUUCAUUUGCUCUAGAAGAGCAGAGAAGAAAGAGGACAUUAAAUGAAAAAAAAGCAAGAAAGGUCUGUAGCUUUUUUCCUGAUAGUAGCAGUGUUUUAGAGGUAAAAUGAUUCCUCCGAGCAGCACGACUGAAGUCAGCGUGGAUGGUGUGGAGAAAGAGAAUGAAGUGGAGCAGCCCCCCUCUCCAGCAUCAACUACCAGCCAGGAAUCAAAGCUGCAGAAACUGAAACGAUCACUCUCCUUCAAGACCAAAAGCUUGCGGAGUAAAAGCGCUGACAAUUUCUUCCAGAGGACUAAUAGCGAUGUGAAACUGCAGGUAGACUUGAUGCCUGAGGUGAGCACAAGCACUGGGCAGCUCCCCAGCUCAGAGAGCCAGGCGUCCUCCCCCACCAGAGCCCAGCAGCUGCCAGAAAACAGCAAGGCUCACAUCUUCCAGGAGCACAUCUUCAAAAAACCCACCUUCUGCGAUGUCUGCAACCACAUGAUUGUUGGGACAAAUGCUAAGCAUGGCCUGCGCUGUAAGGCUUGUAAGAUGAGCAUCCACCACAAGUGUGCAGACAGUAUUGGACAACAGCGUUGCAUGGGCAAGCUGCCAAAGGGAUUUCGACGGUACUACAGCUCACCACUACUCAUUCAUGAACAGUUUGGCUGCAUCAAAGAAGUGAUGCCUAUUGCCUGUGGAAAUAAGGUUGACCCUGUGUAUGAAACUCUCCGCUUUGGGACCUCCUUAGCCCAGAAAACCAAAAAGGGCAGUUCUGGAAGUGGGUCUGACUCUCCCAACAGAAACUCUACAGCUGACCUGGCAGAAGUUCCUGAGGAAGGCGAUAGCUCUGCAGGCACCCUUGACAUAAGCAGGAAACGCAGCAACAGCGUGUUUACAUACUCCGAAAAUGGCACAGAACACUUUGGAGAAGAACCAAAAAGUACACAUUCCCCGGGACCAUUUUAUAAAAGCGUGUUACAAAUGAACACCUAUGUUGCCUUGUACAAAUUUGUACCACAAGAAAAUGAAGACCUGGAGAUGAGGCCAGGGGAUAUGAUUACUCUUCUGGAAGACUCCAAUGAAGACUGGUGGAAGGGGAAAAUUGAUGACAGAACUGGAUUUUUUCCUGCUAACUUUGUUCAAAGAGUGCAACACGAUGAGAAGAUUUACAGGUGCAUCAGGACAUUCAUUGGCUGCAAGGAACAGGGACAGAUAACUCUGAAAGAGAACCAGAUUUGUGUGACUUCUGAAAAGGAACACGAUGGCUUUAUCAAAGUAUACAGCGGGAAGAAGAAAGGCUUUGUCCCCAUAGACGUCUUAGAAAACAUCUGAUUCCAACAGCCCACUUGCUGCAGUAGGAGCCCUUUGUUGGCAAUGCCUGUCUGCCUCAUCUCACACUGUGUCAACCCAGAUGGGCUGUCUUGCAGAUGUUCAGGGAAAUAGUGAGAAAACUGCAACUACAAGAAGAAAAAGACAUUUAGACUGCCACAACAACACUAAGAAAUAAGUGGAAUGUUUGAAAGAAAAUAUAGUCAGAAACUGCUAGUGAAAUCAGAGGUCCUUGGUUACUAACAGGAAUAAGGUAAGGAAAAAACAAGUCUGGGCUGAUUUCUGGUGCAAGAUGGCUGUUACAGCCCUGAUGGAGACAGGCAGCUUGUUCUGAAGGUCUAAACUCGCGUCCUGUUCUUGUGUCUUAGAAAACUGUUGGACUGCUUUCUUGCUUGAAGUGUGUAUUUAGGGGGGAGGGGGGAGAAUACCAUUCAAACUGUCCUCAUACUACAGUCCAAUGCUUGUAGUAAAGUGUGGCUGUGGUUCUACAGUUUUGUCCCCAGUAUCAACCGAUCAGUUUAAGCGUUUAAUCCUGGUGUUUAGUCUCAUAACAAAGCAGUCUGGAGACACCACGUGAACAUCAGUUCGAGAAAUGCACUGUGCCCUGGAAGUUGGCAGCUUUCUCUUUCUGUGCAAUCUUCCUAUAUGAAAGAGUAGCGAAUUUGUGUGUCCUUUGUUUUCUCUGUAUAUGAACAAAAGCUCUCAGCGUAUGUUGGGUGUGAUGGUGGCUCUUCUAGCUCACAAAAAUAGCCGGUCCUCUGAUUCACAAGCCUGUUUGGAAGUGUCCCUCUGUGUUUCCUACACCUUUCUCUGGUGAUACAGAAAAUGGACAAAAUGCUGGGAGAGAGCCACAGGCUGGAAACAUUUUAUAUUUUUCUGUGUUUAUUGCACUUAAAAGAUUUUAUAUAUUAAUCCUAUUUAUAAAAAAAUAAAACAGUUAGCUAACCCCCGGAAGACUGAAAAUGCUAGGAAAGGACAGACUGCACACAGAAGUGAAGUCUGUGAUUAUCAAAAUCCAGAACUCGUGACAGAAAGGCGCUGAGUGUCUUAGCAUUGUGUUCACACACCAAAGGCAUCUUCUUCAUUUACAAAAUAGAAGUUUUGCAGAUUCAGCAGUGAAUACACUGACAUGAAUUCCUCCUUGACAUAAACCACCAUGAGCAUCAUGUAAACCUUUUCCAUCCUAGUAAGACUGUGCAGACAGCUCUGUUUUGUCCAUGCAAGCCUCCAUCUUCAAACAUGUUUUGGGCAUAUGAACUUUUUGGUACCUGGAGCACAGUCUGUGGGACCUGUGGAUCUUGACUAAAUUAUACCAGUCAGCCAGUGCCAAUCCUGUUGUAGACCAGGGGCCUUAUGAUGUUUAAAGACAGGGAACCUAAUUUCCAAGUAUUUAAUUGGAUGUAAUUGCACCAAAUACACUUAGACAGCUUAGCACGUAUUAUGACAUAGAGAUUAAGUCCUAUCCCAAAGCUCCCUGCUGAAUUCAUGCCUUAUUUGACCAGCUUGAGACUGAAUGCCAGUCUUUACUGCGAUUAACCCCAAAUUGAUGUCCUAAAUCCUGAUACUGCAAGAAGAAACACACAUGCUGCCAGGCUAGUAUAGGCCUUUGCAAAGUUGACACUAUUUCUAAAAACAAGCUAGUAGACCUGCUUUCAUAUACUGAGGCAGUUUGAGUCUGUGUUGCACUGCCCGGGUCUCAAUAGUUGGGUUGCCCUAUUUGAAUAGCUGACCUGACUCAAAGCCUUAUGAAAUCCAGUGCAACUCUACACAUGACCAGAAGUUCACAGAGCAGAUCAGGCUUCAACCUCUCAGAGACACAUUUUGCAGCACUUACGUAUCACUUAAUUGCAGAAGAGGAAGUUGCAGGGGUGUCAACUGCUGAAACAUGGUCCUUCAUAAUGUAAGUGGUCUAUACCAACUAUUAAUGUCCUCCUGGCUGAUCAAAAGUAUCUGAUUUCAUAUCUGCUGUGGGAAUAUCAGCAAUUUAUAAAUGGGGGGGGUUUCAGUUCAACGAUGAAUAUCUGCUCAGCUCAUUUUCCUACGUAACCAAUAAACUCAGUGGGACAACAGAGGAUUCUGAUAAGCCUUAAAGAUCAAGAGGAAGAGCAGUAGAGGCAUAUUAAUCCACUCCACUUUAUAAGAUUUAUUUUUUUUUAAUAUUCACCUGUUCAAAGGAAAAACUCAAGUGUUUGUUAGAAUUAAAAUAUUUGCUACUUUUGAUCAGGCCUGUCAAGUGAACAAAGGAAAUCUGUAUUAAUCUCCACAUAUGUGCUGUUGUUUACAUGAUUGCAUCAUACUGUGAUUCCCUCCUAUUUUAGUCUUCUAUGAUUUCAAUUUAUCCCUACAAUGUGCAUCACACUAUACAAAGAAUUAUAUGAGUAUUACCUACAACUCACAAUGGCCUUUAAUCAAUGUCAGUUUUAUUCCUUUUGAUACUGAGCAAUAAAUAAUAAAGUGACUGAGUAAAACAAAACAGACCUUAUGUGGACUGUAUUAUAUCUGAGAGAACAUUGCUUCUGAACCAAAGCUUUCAUGGUUAUCUUUUCUUUGUGUUUUUUUUGUUUUGUCUUUUUACUGGGCUUUUGUUGUUGUUUGAUAUGUAGAUAUAAUUUAUGCCUAAUUUAGCAAGAAGCACAUAUAUGAAUCUUACUUUAAGCAUGUGAUUCAUUGGCUAUUUGCAUGCUUAAAGCUGAAACACUUUGCUGAAUUAAGGUCUUUUUUCUCAAUUUUAUUUUGGAUGCCUUACUCUGAAUCCAGACAAGUAUCCCAUCAUCUUUUUCCUACCAUAUGCAGUUCGCAAUGGAUACUGCAUUAGCAAGCAGUUAAAAGUCAGACAGAAGAUGGAAUGGACUUAUCUGACGUAUGGUCAGAAAAAUUGAAUUCUAGGAGAUAAAUGCUGUUCAGAUUUAAUUUAAUAUUCUGCUUAAUAAAGACUAUGCGAUGGUUGGAAGGAGAA